CAUCUCCAAAAGUUGAAAACGUCUUGCUCUCGCCGAAGCCCCGCACUUCUUCGGGCGGCACAGCUGCAGUAGGAGUCCACACCAGAACCACCGACACUUUCAGGGCUACUCUCAACCCGUCUCCUGUUCACAGAGCGACAUCUUGGUAUCCACUCUGACAAGAGCAAAGACAGGUAACAAUGGGCUACAAGCUGGCGAUGCUCCUGGGUCUGACCGGCCUCCUGAUGAUGCUGAUGGUGGACCAGGCAGACUCGGCCUGUUGCCGUGCUACGAUUAGAUCAUGCAGCGGAUGGUUCUGGAACAGGAGGUGCACAGGAAGGUGUCGCGAUGGCACUGGGGGAACGCCCUACUGCGGACGCGGGCCCUGCAACUGGUUUGGAUGUAACUGCAAUGGGGGCUGCAGGGGCACAAAGAGGUCCGUGGAAGAUCCCGGGGAAGCCCGCAGCCUUCUGGAGUUGCUGGGAGGAGAGAGCGCCAUGUCCGGCCGCGGGUUUGAAGACGAUGCCGACGCAAAGCUUAAGGGGGUGGCUGAGGAAGCCCGCGACCUCCUUGAGCUGCUGCGCGGGGAACAGGAGAACAUCUAUCGGGAGGACAACGCCAUGCCCCUCCGCGAGUUCGGACACCACGACGCGAACGAGGACAUGAAGCUGUCCAAGGAGGAGGCUCUGAUGAUGCUGAAGGAGAAGGGGGAAGUGGACAUCAACAAUCUCCCCGAUGAUUGGUUCGAGUCCAUGGACAAGGACGGCGACGGGUACAUCGAGCCUGAGGAGUACGACAGCGACAUGGCCAAAGGCAGACCCCCGGCGGAGUAGUCCCCGGAGGACCCCGGAAUGGCGAUGGUCCCACCGCAUCCUGCGUGUGCCGAGCACCAUCCUGGCCUUCCAGCCGUGACUGCAGAUCAGCCGCAUAGAUUUUAGCUGCUUUUGCCUCAUUUAACCAU